UGUGUUGUAAAUACGUAAACAAAUAUUUUUGCAAAUACCUAAAUAAACUACAACGAUAGAUUUCAAUUCACCAAGUGAAAUAUGUUAGUAUUUGACUGUUUAAACUAGUGAAAACGGUGUUUUCAUGUCUUUAUUUGCAUUUUUAACUGCCAUUUUGGCCUUAAAUUAUGGUAUCCUGGUUGAUUCUCGAAGUAUUCCCAGCAUUAAUGAAGCCACACAGGCAAAAAUUAACGACAUAUCUUCAAAAGUUACUGAUUUAUUGGAAUUAAAGAUAAAUUUCUUUUUAAAUGCUGUUCCAAUUGAUCAAUUUGUUCCAGACGACGUUAAAGAAAAUGUUGUAAAUUCCACUGGAAACUACUAUAAUGAGUACUUUAGAAACAUUUUGGCUGACGCACAACAAAUAAUGCGCAGAAAUGUCCCAAACAAGGACGGAAAAAUUGCUUUUGAUGGCGUUGUUGAUAGUGUUUUGAAUCGUGUAAACAACAAAUUGGAUGAUGUAUUAAAUAAAGAAAGAGAGCUCGUAAUCAGAGACUAAACUAAUAAAAACUAGUUUUGAACAGUUGCAAUUUGUAA